GUGACAGUGUGUGUGUCAGCUUUCUGGUCCAUUCACUACUCUCGAAAGGCUAGAAUUGAUUGUAUUGUGUACAGCGAGUAUCUCCUUUCCUUCUCUAUUUGCCUCUGGUCUUCGUUCGGAAGGAAGAGGAAUUGAAAAAAAGGAAUCGUUGUCGUUUCCUUCGUCGAAUCGCAUCCCUCCAUUCGAUUGGUGGUUUCGGUAGCGUAUCCCCCGUUUCCGGUUCUCGACACACAGCUACAUCCACGUACCUACAGAUACCGAGUAUUGACACGAAUACUAUUCUCAUGGCGUCUCCAAAUCCUGCGUAUGCGGGACGUGGAGGUCGUGGCGGACGGGGUGGACCUCCGCCCUAUUACAACAACAACAAUAGUGGUGUACCGGGUCCCCGUCCUCCCACCGGAGCCUGGCAACCCGCACCCACUCAUACGAUGCCGACACAGUCUACCGCCGUGCCGAAUCCGUCAUCGCCCAAUCCUCACCAUCUCACACCCCAACAACAACAGCAACAACAACCACCUCUCCUGAACAAUCCCUACGCGCCAAACCAAGCAGGACCCCGUGGAAACCAGCCUCCUCCAUACCCACCCCCGGCCUACUACAACCAGCACUACGCAGCUGCCGCACAACAGCAGCAGCAGCAGCCGAAUCCUUACGGCGCCACGGGUCGGGUUCCGUGGCAGCCCGUACCGAAUCAAGGCUAUCCCUCCACCAUGAGGGGUGGCGUCUUUUAUCCACCUCCCGCCGCUGCCGCUGGACCCGGUCGUCCUUCCGCUACCAACGCGGGGACCAUCCCAGCCUCCGUCGUGGUGCCCCGCGAACGCAAAGCUCUCGUCAUUAUGGAUAAAGACGGCAACGUGAUGGAUUUCACCAAAACGGCUCCCAAAAAGACUACGGCCACGACUUCGGCGACUCUUGCCCCGUCGGCGGUCCCGGCCAAAACGGAAUCGAGCAGCCAAGACGCUGGCGCCAAGUUGCGACAGGCCGCACUCGAACGCAUCCAAGCCCAAGACAAGGCCAAAAAGGAAGCCGAAGAAAAAGCAAAGGAACAAUUGUUACAGGAAGAACAAGCCAAGAAGAAAGCAAGUGACGAGACCGAAGUACAAGGUAAAAACACGUCCGAGGCCCAAAGCAAGGUCGCCGAAGAGCCAACCAAGUCUCUGGCGGAUCGUUUGAAGCAAGCACCCAAACCCGCCACUGUCAAAACGACGACUUCUUCUUCCGGUCGUAUCGUCUUUUCCAAGUCGGCGUUGCUCAAAUUUAAGAGCACGGAAAGAUGUAUGCAAUGUCCCGAAUCGCUCCCUGACAUGACGAUCGUCAAGGGACCCGCCCGUGGCAAGAGCGGGGGCAACCGCGGUGGUGGUGGUGGAGGAGGCGAUCGACGCAACGACCACGACAGCGGUGGCAGUAGUUGGAAACGAGGCAACGCACCCCCACGUCGUCAAAGCGCCACCAAUAACGAUGGCGGUGGUGGUGGCGGCGGCGGCGGCAGCUACUGGAGCCGCGGACAAGCUCCUCCGCCACAGCAACAGCAACAAAACAACGACAAGCACCGGAACAAUCGGGGUGGACGCGGUCCUCCGCCACCUCUGUACGACGGCCCCGUCGCGCCUCUAGUGAAGUCGGAGAAUCACUGGCGUCCACAAAAGAACGCGUCAGCUUUUAUUAUUGCCGAGAAACAGGUCAAGGCUAUUUUGAACAAGAUGACCAAAGAAAAAUUCGAUAAACUCGCGACACAGAUGCUGGAGAUUCCUUUGACCUCUUCUGAUAUGUUGAAAAUGAUGAUUAACAACGUGUACGAUAAGGCCAUUGACGAACCUACUUUCGGAGAUAUGUACGCUGAUUUGUGUAAGAGACUUUCCAAGAUUGCUAUCGACUUUAUUAAAAUUAUCGAGUCGGACGAAGAGCCCCCGACGGACGACGAUACGACCACGGAACCGGCAUCUCCAGCUGACGAUAAAAGUAGCCACCAUACUGUUUAUCGCUGGUCGAACGACGUGAGUACUACCGAUAGUGAGAUUGUUGGACCGUUUGAAUCCGAGGAAGAAUGCAUCGAGGUUGCUCUUGGUCAAGCAAAUGAGCCUACUCCGGUUGAGCGAGGCGAAAUGUCUCUGGAACUGGUCAGCGCAACCAUUAGGAAAGGCGUGUUUAUCAAAAUAAUGAAGCAAAAAAAGGACAAAGAUGGCGAGGAACCAAAGCUCUACACCGUAUAUUUCCCAGUAAAGGAAGCAAAAGAGUGUGGUCAGCAGCUGUCAAACAUUUUCCUGAGCAAAAUGGAAUGUGUUUCAGAUGCGACCAAACUUAAUAGCUUCAAGCGCUCGCUACUCAACAAAUGUGAAGAAGAGUUCGACAAACAGGAUAUUUAUGUAGACUGGAAGAAAGAAAAGAAUGAUUAUGAGGCAAAGAAGGCUACACUUACUGCUCAAGAACGGGCUGAAACAGAAGCUGAGCUGGACUUUCGUCGCAUUCGAAUUAAGAAGCAGAUGCUCGGAAACGUUAAGUUCAUUGGGCAGCUGUACAAGAAGGGUUUAUUGAAGGAAAAAAUUAUGCGGUACUGCAUUGCCAGUCUGCUAAAGCUGGAAGCAAACGACGCCAAAGCCAAGAAUCCGUUGUACCGAGACACCGGUGAUUUUGAUAUCGACGAGGAAGACCACGAAGCGAUUUGCAGCAUGUUCACGACUAUUGGUCUGACUAUUGACACUCUUUCGACCUCUGAUUUCAUGAGCGUUUGUUUUGAGAAGAUUUCAAAACUGAGCAACGAAUCAAGCCUCCCCGCCCGAUCUCGUUUCAUGUACAAAGAUUUGCUUGAGCUACGUGACAAUAGAUGGGUUCCGCGGCGCAAGGAAGAAAAGGCGAAAACGCUCGAAGAGAUUCGAAAAGAUGUGGAAGAGGAAGAGCGACGACAGGCUCAGCAGUCGAUGCGCAAUAAUAGCAACCGUGGAGGUGGCGGUGGCAGCCGAGACUUUCGUGGUAGUGGCAUCGGCAAUGCAUUCGGAGGAAGCAACCGAUCGCGUCCACAGAAGCUAUCUAGCGAAACGGACGCUGACGGGUUCGUCGCUGUCCCCACCAAAACUGGCUUUGCGUCCCUGAGAGGGCCAGCAGGGAAACCCAGGCACCAGCCUAGUGAAAGUACCAGCACGGUCAGUACGAAAUCGUCAGCUUUUUCUGCGCUUGCUAAGGAUCGAGAUCCGCCUUCAUCGAAGAAGUCUCCCGCCCCACUCGAUAGCGAUACCUUGGAACGCCGGAUUAAGCGUAUACGAACGGAUUUUAUGGGUGAUGGAGGGAACGUUGAGGAGCUUCUACUAAGCUGGGACGAGAUAUGUGGCACACCAAAGGCUGGCGUCACCCUUGUUCAAAAGAAUUCCGAUAGAAUGAUGGACUGCAAAGAGGAUGAAAGGCAAGCCAUCGUGAGAAUUGUAGCGAUACUAGCCGAGAAAGGCAAGCUCACAAAAGAGGACGUUCGCACUGGUCUGCAAGACGCGAUUGAAUUUAUCGACAGUUUCAUACUUGAUUCACCACGGGCUUACGAGUACUUGGGUGACAUGCUUGGGGAAAUGCUGAAGUUGAAAGCGAUUGAUGUCGCAUGGCUUUGCAAAGAGACCGAGAAGACGAAAGUGGAUCAAAAUAGCGAGGCACCGAUCCGACUAACACGCGCAACCAUUUCAGCCUUAAAGGCAGCCGCGGGAGUAGACUUUGCAAAGAAAUGUUUUUCUGGAUCCAGCGAGAAGGAUUUGAUUGGUUUGAUUGGUUCCGAUUCCUGGAAAUCUAUGGCGGCUGAUCAAUUUUCCUAACAUUCAAGAGUAUAAAUCUGAAGUUGAGAAUUGCAGUAACCUGUAUAUGGCUGUAUGAUCUGAACCGUCUUCCGGGCAAGCGAAGAGCUUAACCUUUCUUGUCACAAUGUGUGAUCAAUAAUACAGUUAGCAAUAGUCUACUUUGAAAUUAAUAGUGUUAUCG